AUCCGGUGCGCCCGCGCCCGGCCCGGUCAAACCCCAAACCGCCCAAGCCAGUCACGCCCCUCCCUCUUCCCCUUUUGCCCCACUCCACCUCCUCCCACUCGCACCUCGCCGGAGCACCGCCGCCGCCGGGCCCCCCCUCCUCUUCCUUCCCUUCCGUCUCCCGGUACCUUCCCUCUCCAUAUCCGCCUUGCCGCGCCGUAUGCAGCUCGAUCGCCUCCGCACAGGAGCAGCCGGCUCCUGGGAAUCGCUGCUGGCUGGAUAUUCGCCCUCAGGCCGCAAAUAGUGACGCCCCUGGCUUGAGGGCUUCAUCCCCCGGGGCGGCGUGGAGGGCGAGUAUCCCGUUGCUACUGUGGUGUGGGGUGCUAUGGAGAGAGGGGCGGCGGGGAGCGACCAAGGGACGCCCGACAGCGAAAUGGGCGACGCGGACAACGACAGCGUUGGCUACGGCACGGAGAUGGAGCUGGACGCCGGGAACGGCUCGACUGGGGCACCGCCGGCGUACGCCGCGCGCCCCAGCGUGCACGACGGCAUCGACCCGUUCGAGGGCAUGGAGUUCGACGACGAGGAGGAUGCCUGGACUUUCUACAAUGUCUACGCCCACCGCGUGGGCUUCAGCACCAGGAUUAGCGUGAUGCACCGCUCGCGCCGGGACGGCUCCAUCAUGUCCCGCCAGUUUGUCUGUGCCAAGGAGGGCUUCCGCACCUACCGCGGGAAGAAUGAGGGUCUUGCUUCCAGCCCCGGCGGUGAAGACAGUGGGAGGGGCCGGCGGACCCGGGCUGUCACCAGGGUUGGGUGCAAGGCCAUGAUCCGGGUCAAAAAGCAGGACAAUGGCAAGUGGUCCAUAACCAAGCUGGAGACUGCGCAUAACCAUCCUCUGGUCCCUCAGAACCAGGCUCAUUGCCUGCGCCCCCAUAAGCCACUUUCAGAGUGUGGGAAGCAGCGUUCCUAUGGAGUUCGCCGGAAUGGUGGUAUGUUUCUCGCGAUUGAGCCUCCUCCGCCGCCUCUUACGCCGCCUGUUCCACAGACCAGCAUAGCUCAAUUGGUUCCCCACUAUAUUGGGGAUGGUAUUGGAAAUGCUGCUCGAGUAAUUCUGGAUUAUGUCAAACGCAUGCAAGCUGAAGACCCGGCAUUCUUUUACGCCAUGCAGUUUGUCGAGGGCCAUCCUGUAGGAAAUGUCUUUUGGUCUGACGCCAGAGCGAGAAUGGCGUUUAAGGACUUUGGGGAUGCUGUUUUCUUGGAUGACUAUUGCAAAAGAAACAAGUAUGAGCUCCCGCUUGUCACUUUCACUGGAGUCAAUCACCAUUGCCAGCCGGUCCUAUUUGGUUGUGCGGUCAUCAGGGAUAACUCUGAGGCGUCGUUUGUUUGGUUGUUUGAGACACUUCUCUUGGCAAUGUCUGGUCAACACCCUGCCUCUCUUACCACGGAGUAUGAUGGCGCCAUGCAAUCAGCUAUCCAAAAGGUUCUUCCUCAAACUAGGCAUCGAUUCUGCAGGUGGCACAUCUUGAAUGAAGCCCAGUAUAAGCUAUCACAUUUUGUAAAUGCAUUCCCGUCCUUUCAUGAUGACCUUGUCAAUUGUAUCAACAUAUCUGAGACAGUUGAUGAGUUCGAAGCAAAUUGGCAAGCAUUAAUUUCCAAGGUUGGAUCUGGAAAUAACGAGUGGCUUGAUUUAAUGUACAAUUGCCGGCAGCAGUGGGUACCAGUAUAUUUGAGGGAUACAUUCUUUGGAGACGAGCCAUCAAGGCAGGAGUGUACAAGCAGGAGUUCAUUUUUUGAGUCUUACAUCAUUGCUAAAACUAAUUCACAGUCAUUCAUUCAGCAGUAUGAAAAAGCUCUGGACAGUUGUUAUGAGAAGGAAGUGAGAGAAGAAUUCGAAACAAAGUAUUCUCUUCCAGAUAUCAAGACAUCAUCUCCUAUUGAGAAGCAUGGAGCAGACUUAUACACAAGGACAAUGUUUUUGAAGUUUCAACAGGAGUUGAUUGAUGCCUCUGCUUUCACAUUGGAAAUGGUAGGGGAGGAUCGUAAGGCUUGCAUGUAUAAAGUGACAACAUCACAAGGAAGUGGCAAGCCUCAUAUGGUUGAGUUCAGUUCUUCUGAAAGUUCUGCAAAAUGUAGUUGUCAGAUGUUCGAAUAUUUUGGUAUUGUCUGUAGGCAUAUUCUUACUGUCUUUGGUGCACGAGGUGUGCUUACACUUCCUUCUCAGUAUAUCGUAAAAAGGUGGACCAAAGAUGCCAUAGAUAGAUGCUCAAACAAGAAAUUUGAUGACGUUAGCAGAGCUAAAGAGCCCAAGGAGGAGCAAAGGAGUAAUGUUGAAGAUGGCGAGCAAUCUCAGACGUGGCGUUACAAUAGUUUGUGUCGUGAAGCACUUAGGUAUGCUGAAGAAGGAGCAUCAUCUGCAGAGGUUUAUAUUGUAGCAAUGCAAGCUCUUGAAGAGGCUGCUAACAAGGUUAACAUGGUCAAGAGAAGUGUUGGACAAGUAGCACCACUGGCAGUGAUGCCAAUUGCAGCACAACCACCAGAAAGUUCUAGAAAAAACCAAGACAGUUUUGGUCAGCCAAAGAAGAGAAAAAGGAAUUCAAACAACUCAAGAGAGAAUUCUGCACCAACUCAAUCUAUGUAUACGCAACAACCUGUUAAUUUUCCCAGUACAUCAAAUGGUUCUCAAGGGCCUAGUCAGGUAGUUGCUGCAGCUCCUAUUUCCUUGUGUACAGAAUACAGGCAAACAUCAGGUGCAAAUAACUCAACCGAUGGGAGCACGACACCUGCUUCUGUAGCUGUUAACAAGUUGUAUGGAUUGUCGGACCGAGGUGCAUCAACAUCAGCACCAUCAUCUUCAGCAAAUGUCUUGCAAGGAGGAGAAACAAAAUCUUCAGGGAUUGCUUCACAAAUUAAUGAGGGUCAUGAACUGUCCCAGGCUAAUGGAAACAAGGGAGGCGACAUAGAUAUGGCAAAUUCUACUGCUUCCCCGCAGCUUGUAACUGUUCCUAUUGGAUUCUGCAUGCCUUCUGUGGACAACUCCAAAACGUCUACAGCUGGGAUUAAUUCUUCAAACUCUGGUGGCGUGAUGAGUAACGGCAAUGCAUCAUUUGGCCUUCACCAAUCUCAAUCUUCUGCUCAAGUGCCUGCUACGCACCCAGAGGCAAAAACACGUCUAAAUAAUAUCGAUUCUCCAGCAACUCCCGAGGGUUCUUCUAUAAGGGCUGCAGCCAUUGCAGCAGGCGCACGCAUUGCAUCCCCAUCUGAUGCAGCUUCAAUCAUAAAAGCAUCACAAUCAAAAGGUGCUAUCCACAUUCGGCCUGGAAAAAGCCUUCCAAAUUACCUGAAACCAUUAACCCCCAAACCGCUCUCCUCACUUCCACCAGUGAAUCUUACCAGUUCGGGCAAUGCUUCCUCUAGCCAUAUGCAGCUUGGACAAUUUUACUCGGGUGAUUCGGCAGCAGCCAAGGAUUCAAUUUUUGGUUCCACUGAUGGCAGUGAUGAAGACACUGACGAUGAUGAUGAAGACUCUGAUGAUGAUGAUGAUGAGAGGCUAACUGGUGAUGAGGUGGAACAAGAAUAAUCAGCAGUUGUUGAACUGUCUCUGCACUAACUUCUCCGAAGGCUUCCAAGUCCCUCAUCUUAGAGCAUAGGUGUAUACAUGUUUAUAGCCUGUAUUUAAGGUCCCCACCGUUGCCCCAUGAGCCUAGGAGUGUUUCUUCUGAAUCUCGAAUCCCUUUUGUUUAACCUAAUCAUAACGAUGAUGCUUCCUCAAGCUUAAUUUUGUAUUGGCUCUCCCUAGGGUUUGGUAAAAUUGUCAGCUACUCAGCUCACUCUGAAGCAUUUAUGUAAGCAUGAGUAGUUUGUUGGUGAACUGCUUGAGGGACUUGUAGUUUUGUACUCCUUUUUUCUUCUUGGAAAGGGACCUGUUAGAAUUGAGCUCA